CCCAAAAGGAAACAAAAUCCUAAGCCUAAAAGGAAGGCCAAACUCGGCCAGACCUGAAACCCGGUCGGGUAUCUUGCUAUUCCAGGCCGGGGAAAUCCCCUGCCUCAUAAACCCGAUCUUCUCACCCAAAUCCCCGGUCGGGGAUUCCUUUAUGCCAGGUCGGGUUUUUGCUGUUGGCGUGCUCACAUCAGUAUCACCUGUAAAUUCUGAUAAUAUUGCAGAAUAUUGGUAGUUACAAGUCGGAUGGAAAUGAUUACACUUCGGAUUUUAGCGAUGACGUGAAAUACCUUACGAAUUUGGCAGCAUGUGAAGCAGCUAUAGAGAUUGUCAAGGGCUUGGGGUUUUAUUUGGUAAAUUCAUCAAACCAAAAAAUAUCCAAGUGAAGCUAGUUGGCGAUGUUACUUGAAGUGCACUCAUGGUAAGAAGAAAAAGCCGAAGGUUCAUGAUCCGACUAAGAAAAGGAGGCCUCUUACUGCUUCUGGAAAGUUUGAGGGGCAAGUAUCAUAUCAAGAUUGAUUAUCAGAUUAUGGAUAUUGGUUGAUCCUAGGGGUGGUAGAUACAAAUAAUCUUGGUGUUAAUUUGGGUUUCCACAACCAUCAGUUUGAGCUAUUUCUGGAGGGGUAAAGUAGAAGCAUUUUGACUGCAGAUGAUAAGCAAUACUAGGGGUGGCCGUUCGGUUACCGGUUAACCGACCGGUUAAACCGAUAAUCGGUCGGUUAUCGACUAACCGGUAACCGAACUUCGGUCGGUUAUCGGAGGCUAGACGAAAUGGUUUUUGGUCUUAAAAUUGGGUCGGUUAACCGAUAACCGAGAAACCGAAGCCUAUUUCGGGCGGUUUUCGGUAGGGGGAGUGGUUAUUUCGGUUAACCGAUAACCGGCCGAUCGGUUAUCGGUUAUAACCGAAAUAACCGAUAUGCCACCCCUAAGCAAUACAUCCAAAAGGUGAGUUCGACAAGUAUCCCACCAAGGAAUAUCCACAAGGUAAUGAAUGAGAGAAAAUGGGGCACAUGGAAAGUACAACAUAAGACCAAUUUAUAACGAGUUGCAAAAGAUAAGGAAAGAAGAGUUUGGUCAAAUGACAACCUCAUAGUACACUUUCCCACAAGGCUUGAAAGAAGGGUUAUUGUGUGCAGUAUCUGGACGACCUUAACGUUCUUAAACACUUGUUCCUAGACCACCUGAGUCACUUGUAAUGUUGCGAGCUUAACACCAUGUGAUCGUGAUAGAUGAAACAUACGAGACUAAUAAGUAUGAUCUGCCAUGACUUGAGAUUGUCGGCAUGACACCAGUGGAAUUGAACUUUGUCAUUGCAUAUGUGCUAGUGUACGGCAAGACGAAUGAGCCAUACUAGUGGCUUCUGAUGCAUUUACAACAUCUGUUUGGGUCUAUAGUUCAAGAUGUGUUUGUCAGUGACAAGACAUGAGGAUUGGUUGAGACCGUAAGGGUACUGUUUCCAUCAUCAACUCAUAUAUUAUGCCUUUGGUAUAUAUACAGGAAUGUGAGAGUAAGGUUUCUAAUGGAGGUAUGGAGGAUGACUUAUUGUGGUAUAAACGCAACCAAAUUGAUGUUGAAUCAUAUCAUGGCGUCUUGGAAACUUGUUGUAUAUGCCUUCACAGUGGCAGACAUGGACAUAACUUUAUAAAAUAUCAUGCGUAAUAAAAGGAGAUCCUUUAUAUUAAAAAAACACAAAAAAGUCAUAACUAACAUGAUGAACUAGCUGUGGUCAUUGCAAAGGCACCCCAUCAACACCGGGGUGGGUGAUCCCGUGAGUGCAAUCUAGUCUGGUACUAGUCCAUGUCACCGUUGUCGGUCUCCGAUGGGUUCUCAACGGGUCAAAAUCAAAAUCCAAAUGCAGAUAAUGGGCUGGCAAGUUAGCCCACAAUUGAUUCGAGAAUGAAUCCAAGAAACGAUGUAACUGCUACAGAAAGUCAAACGGUACUGAUAAACUAUUACCAUCAUCGGAUGAGGAUAGUCUGUUACUAUCAAUGUUGUCAGAACCGAACCGGAGCAUGACGCGGUAAUGCGAACGGCUCGUACUUUGUGGUCCAACCGACAUUAGAUCGUUUAAAAACCGUUAGAGAACCGGUACCUAAUAAACGUUAUCAGUAUAAAUAGUGGACAUUUCUUAAUCAGAGCUCGUCUCUUUCCUUCGAAAUGGUCAAAUGGAAAUAAUGAUUCAGUUUGAGAGCCCGACGUUUUUGGUUUAUUUCAAUUUUCAAAUUUUCUGUAAUUUUCUUAAUUAAAUUUAACGACUGAAUGGAAAAGCCGGACAAGCGGCUCGAGCGGUUAACUGCCUCGGCCGCUCGUCAACCUCUACAUAAAACCGGAGCGGCUUUUAGACUGUUCCGAGCCGGUUUUGUGACCGGGUGGCUGUUUUACCGGUCGGGCCGAGCGGUUCGUCUCGUCUUUAAUAACACUGGUUACUAUCCCCGACACCAUGUUGAAUCGUAUCCCUCAGUAAUAUCAGAGAAGCACAUGACACAAGUGAACAAUGAACAUAGUACCUCCGUGCCAGGAUCUCGCCCGUAAGGAGUUUAGGUCACGUCCUCCGUUGACAUCUCAUCCAACAUCUCUUGAUAAUGUAUCAAGCGAUGUUUAGCAUCGUCUCAACCUGACAAACGGUGACAGAUCCAUGGGAAAGCGUGAGGUGCAUCUGCAGACUGCAGCAGAAUAGUGGAAACUACUCAUAUAUCCAAGCCCAAAAAGAGUCAAACAACCACAAAUAACAUUACUACCCACUCCUGGCCACCCCCAAAUGUUUGUUGAGAUAUGCAAGUGCACCAGCUCUCCAAGCAUAAUUGUUCGGCCGUCGAUGGUCCCUCAGAAACAAGUUGAUCACAAGCAAAGGCAUCAUGACUCUUAUCCAAAAAAGUGUGGAUGCAUACCACCAUUAUCGUACCACUUGGAAUUCCACUACCACCAUCAGGACCAUCCACUGAAAGUUGAACUAGACCACCCAUAUCUGACAUGAGAAUAUCCGGUUGUGCCUCAUCUCUCAUCUACUCUCCGUAAACUGGAAUAUGAAGAAUGUGAUGCACAUUGUGUCGAAGGAUCGACAUCUCUCCAAACGACAUGUGGAAGGUGUUUGUGUCUGGAUGCCACCUUUCCACAAAUGCCAAUAGUAGAGCCACGUAUAAAUGUUGCGUCAUGCACCUUAUCAAGUGAGACAAUCUUGUGGCCGCAACUAUCUGCUAGGAACCCUUUGAACUCAAUUUAUAUAUACUCAAAGACUCCACAAGUUUUGGUCUAUGGAAGCAAUUCAACACCCCCAUGGUCCUACUCAAGGAACAGUACAAGGUCUACAAGCAACAAAACAUAGCUUUAAAUGAUAGAAGCUCACUGAACCUCCUCCUUCAUUGCUGAUAAUUUCAUGCUCUUUCUGCUUCUUUUGCUGCUUGUUUUUUAGAAUGAAGAGAUGAAUGAGCUAAAAGGGAGUUAGGUAUUUAUUUUCGUUCAACUGAGAAGUAGUUCACUGUUCAUCCUAGUUAUCCACUCCCAAUAAUAAACCCUAUCCAUGGACCCUGUUCUGAGAUAUGUCGGGAUAGAGCGACUUCACAAAAUUAUUGGAAGUGGUUGGCUACACUUGCCAGUGAACGAUAGUAGUUCACCUAUGUAUGAAACUACUAUGCAAAACAUGUCAUCACGGUUGCCAGCGAACUAGUUUGGAUCGUCUUUCUAGGCAAUGAACCAUACUAGUUCUCUAGGCUUGACAGCGAACAAGAAAUGGAUCACUUCUUAGGGAAGCAAACAAUGAUGUUCGCUACACUGGCCCGCGAACCACAUGUUAGUUUUCCAACUUUUCAAACAAUAUUGUUUGCUCUACUAACCCGUGAACUAUUUUGUAGUUUGCCCCACCAUGCAUCGAACAUCCCCAAACUUAGACACUUGGAAAAUUUUAUGUUAAAUGUUGUAUUGCAUGGAUUUUAUUUUAUAACUUAUGUAUUUAAAGAUUUUUUCCAUUUUAUGGGUUAGUUAAUAUGUAAAGCAACUCAAUAUGCAUGUUACCUUCAUGCUUUCUCGAUCCUUUUUCUUAAACAUGUUUUUUACCUUAACCUUACAUUUCUCAUUCUCGAGGUAGGAAGUAUUCAAUGGAUCAACAAAAGAAAAGGGAGCAUAUGUGCUCACUACUGAUUCUAGAUGAUGUUGUAAGUUCUUGUUUAAUACCCAAGUAAUAGUAGGCACACGAUACAUCUCUUGUCCUCUCAGUGUAAGCAGUGGCAUAUAUAGAGAAUUGUCGAGGGUGAGUCCAUUUAGGAAACAAUACAUACGAUAAAAUAGUUUUAUUAGA